GUCGUUGGUAUUUUUCGAAAAAUUUUCGCGGUUUCAGAGCACAUCAGCUGCGAAUCGGGCACACAACACUUACAUUACGUCUCGAGUAUAAAUGGCGUCAUUUCUCGCCAACUUGCCGUGCUCAGAUCCGUCGAACUUCUCACAAUUACCUGACAAGGACAUGAAGGUGCAUGAUGGUGUGAAAAAUACAAAAAUUGCUUACCAUGUGCCACGCCGUGAUGAUGAGAAGCAGAUUACCAACGAUAAAAAGCCCUACAUACUACGUUUUCUGGAAAGGCAAUGGGCUGUUAGGGUAGAGGAAGGACGUGAAAAUCGCGUGGAAUCGCCUAAAUCGAAGAAAAAGAAAAAGAAGUUAGAUGUGAAGAAAAGAGCCAGUGAAGAUAUGCCAUCAACAUCAUCAGAUCCAAAGACAAGAAGACUAAGUUGAUUCCAUUGCAUUUAGGUAGAAAGACGUUUGAACGGGUAUGAAGCGGAUGUAGUUAAUUUGCACCAUAAUACAAUAAAGAUUUUAUU